AUGAACACCUCCCAUGUCCUGCCUUGGCCAUUGCCAGGUGCCACACAUGGUGUGAACAAGAGCAAACUCAGGGGCAUCCCUACCAACUUCACUGACCACUGUGAGGACUCUGUGGACCUGACGGCCUUCAUCAUCACCUCAUAUGGCCUUGAGACUGUUCUGGGGGUCCUGGGGAACCUGUGCCUCAUCUGCAUAAUGCUGCGACAGAAGGAGAAGACCAAUGUGACCAGCCUGCUCAUUGCCAACCUGGCCUUCUCUGACUUCCUCAUGUGCCUCCUCUGCCAGCCACUCACUGUCAUCUAUACCAUCAUGGACUACUGGGUCUUUGGUGAGGCCCUUUGUAAGCUGUCAGCUUUUAUCCAGUGUGCAUCAGUCACAGUCUCCAUCCUCUCGCUCGUCCUGGUGGCCCUGGAGAGGCAUCAGCUCAUUAUCCACCCCACAGGCUGGAAGCCCAGCGUCCCCCAGGCCUACCUGGGGAUUGUGGUCAUCUGGGUCAUUGCCACCUUGCUCUCUCUGCCCUUCCUGGCCAACAGCGUCCUUGAGAAUGUCUUGAAGAAGAACCACUCCAAGGCACUGGAGUUUCUGGCUGACAAGCUGGUGUGCACCGAGUCCUGGCCACUGGACCAGCACCGAGUCAUCUAUACCUCUUUCCUGCUACUUUUCCAGUACUGCCUCCCACUCGUCUUCGUCCUGGUCUGCUAUGUGCGCAUCUACCUGCGCUUGCGGAGGCAGAGGCGUGCCUUCCGCAAGGGUGCCUACAGCUGGCGGGGCGGGCAGAUGAAGCGGAUCCAUGGGGUGCUCGUGGCCAUGGUGGCCGCCUUUGCCGUGCUCUGGCUGCCUUUGCAUGUGUUCAACAGCCUGGAGGACUGGUACCACGAGGCCAUCCCUGUAUGCCAUGGCAACCUCAUCUUCCUGGUGUGUCACCUGCUGGCCAUGGCUUCCACCUGUGUCAAUCCUUUCAUCUAUGGCUUUCUCAACACCAACUUCAAGAAGGAGGUCAAGGCCCUGGUGCUCACCUGCCAGCAGAGUGCUCCCCUGGAGGAAUCUGAGCACUUGCCUCUGUCCACAGUGCACACGGAGGUCUCCAAAGGAUCUCUGAGACUAAGUGACAGGUCCAACCCCAUUUAG